AUGGGGCCGUCGGGGCCCGCGCUCCUGCUGCUGGGCCUGGGCUACCUCCUCGCCGCCCCCGAGCCCGACGGGUGGGGCUUCUCCCGGUCCGAAGUGGUCAUCCCCCGGAGGCUGACCCCCCGCCGCGGGGAGGCCCAGGAGCCCGGCCGGCUGUCCUACCUGCUGCCCCUCGACGGCCGGACGCACGUGCUGCACCUGCGGCCCAAGCAGCUGCUGCUGCCCCGCCGCCUGCCCGUCUUCACCUUCACGGCCCGGGGCGAGCUGGUGGAGGAGCAGCCCCCCGUGCCCCACGACUGCUACUACCGCGGGGCCGUGGAGGGCGCCCCGGAUUCCCUGGCCACCUUCAGCACCUGCUUCCGGGGGCUCUGGGGGAUGCUGCAGCUGCACGGCUGCCUCUACCAGGUGGAGCCCCUGCCGGCCUCCGCCACCUUCGAGCACCGGGUGUCCCGGCUGGUCGACCGGCCGCCGGGCAACCUGACCUGCGGCCUCACCGACGAGGAGAUCGCCCGCCAGGCGGCCCAGUUCCGGCCGCCGGCCUCUUCCCGUCAGAUCGACUGGCACGACUCCUACAUACACCCCAAGUACAUGGAGUUGGCCGUGGCGGUGGACAACGCCAGGUACAAAUUCAGGAAAAGCAACUUAUCCGCAGUCAUCCAGGACACCAUUGUCCUGGUGAAUUUUGCAGACUCACACUUUCAGGAGCUGAAAGCUCGAAUCGUUUUGAAAGCCGUGGAGGUCUGGACAGACCGUGACAAAGUGAAUACUAAGCAUUCAAAGUUAGCUCGUUUACUUAAUGAUUUUUCACGCUACCAGCUAAAUGACAUAUAUCCUCGUAUCCGACAUGACUUUUCACAUUUGUUUGUGUCCAAGGCUUUUGGCAAUUUAACAGGGUUGGCCAGUAACGGUGGCGCCUGUAAUGCAAGUCGCAUGGCAUCUGUAUCUAGUCUGCAAGGCAACUCGCUGCUUGGUCCUGCACUGUGGUUCACUCACGAAUUGGGACAUGGCUGCGGCAUGAACCACGAUGGUCGCUAUUGUCAGUGCAAAGGAACAUCAUGUAUUAUGGAGAACACUGGCGUCCGGAGUGGUGGUUUCAGUAACUGUAGCUUCAAUCGUUUUUUCACCUUCACAAGCCAGUUAUUUGCCUCCUGUCUCAAUAAUAUUCCAGAGCAGUUUUCGGUAGUAGAGAUAUGUGGUAACAAAGUGGUGGACCGGGGAGAAGGCUGUGACUGUGGAUCAGAGGAGGAGUGUGAGAAAGAUGCCUGUUGCCUGUCAAACUGCACAUUGAGCCCCGGGGCGGAGUGCACUUCUGAACUGUGCUGCAAAGGAUGCCAAUUUGUUCCAGCAACAACGGUCUGUAGGCCGAAGCAAACUGAAUGUGACCUCGAUGAGUUCUGUAAUGGGACCUCAAGUAUGUGCCCAGAAGAUGUGUACAAGCAGGACGGGACCCCUUGUAGUAACGGCGCCGUCUGUUACCGUGGGGGUUGUAGUUCCCACCUUCGGCAGUGCAGAGCCCUUUUUGGUAAAGAAGCCGUGGAUGCUCCGUUAUUGUGUUAUGAGGAGGUGAAUGGAUAUGUUGACCGAUUUGGGAACUGUGGGUUAGAGCAAAACCUUUAUAAAGAAUGUGCAACACGUGAUAUGUUGUGUGGAAGAGUGCAGUGUGUCAAUGUGAAGACCAUUCCUUCUAUGCCGGACCAUACGUCAGUCAUUCAAACUCAUGUGAAAGACGGCAAUACCAUGUGCUGGGGGACGGACUACCAUGAAGCAAUGCACACACUGAGAAUCCCUGAUAUCGGGGACGUCGAAGACGGCACCUUCUGCGGACCUGGCCUGAUAUGCAUUAACAGGACCUGCCUCGAUGUGUCUCUCCUCAGUUAUGACUGCGAACCUCAAAAGUGUAACCAUCGAGGGGUGUGUAACAGCAAGAAAAACUGCCACUGCAAAUAUGGCUGGGCCCCUCCGUUCUGUGAGACUCCAGGGGAUGGAGGGAGCAUUGACAGUGGGCCUCCAGGCAAACCGAUUGUUACAAGGAUAUUUCAAGUUUGGCCCAUUUUCAUUCUCCGGGUCAUCCUUUUUGUUGCCUCCUUGAUCCUGGCCACCCCGAAGUGUAUAACACUAUGUAAAAAAUUAUCAUUCUCAAAAAUAAAGACAGUAAGAAUAAAAUUUCCAAAAUUUACCAAAUUUCCAAAAUUUACCAAAUUUCCAAAAUUUACCAUAUUUAAAAGGGAUGCAAAAAAUUAGGGAUAAGGAAAAAAUGUCUGGAUGUUUGUUUUCUAUGCAAGCUUCAAAGAUACUGCCAGAGGCCCUUUUGCUGAAAGCAAAACUGUUACUUCCAGGGUGAACAUAUUCAUUGAUUUUUGUUUUCAGGGCACUAAGGAGCCAUGUUCUCAACUGGAAAAUAAA